ACGUGACUCUCCGGCUUGCCGUAGGAGUGCGCACGCCCGUUGCCGUGAAAGUCGGGCGGAAGUGAAACUGCUUGUUGAAAGUCAUAUGAUCUUUUUCCUGUGCAAUGUUUACAAGAUGACAGAAAUGGGAUACAAAAGUGGCCUUUUGACGUUUCUUGUUCUGAUUGGUAGUUUAUUACAGUGCUCCUGUAAGACACUUGGCUAUAGGAGUAAAUCACUUGAAGAAAUAUCAAAGGAAUUAUCAAGUUAUACUGGCAUUGCCCAGAAAAUCAUAGACCUGGCAGUGUACGGGAAGGCUCAGAACCGCUCAUAUGAACGACUUGCAGCUUUCACAGAUACGGUCGGGAACAGAGUGUCCGGGUCCAAGAAUCUGGACCUGGCUAUCAAGUACAUGUACAAUGCACUAAGGCUGGAUGGACUGGAGAAUGUACAUCUAGAACCUGUUAAGAUCCCUCACUGGGUUAGGGGACAGGAGAGUGCAGUGAUGGUUCUUCCACGAAACCACACCUUGUCAAUCCUUGGGUUGGGGAGUAGUGUUGGAACUCCCAAAGGAGGUAUUGAAGCUGAAGUGUUAGUGGUGGAGUCUUUUGAUGACCUGAAAAGAAGAGCGAGUGAGGCUAAAGGGAAGAUUGUGGUGUAUAAUCAGCCCUUUGUUAGCUACGGGGAGACAGUGGCAUACCGUGCUUUGGGAGCUUCAGAGGCAGCUAAAGUGGGAGCAGUGGCUUCGCUCAUUCGCUCCAUCACUCCAUUUUCCAUCAACAGCCCCCACACUGGGUGGCAGUGGUACCAGCCUGGUGUGCCUCAGAUCCCCACAGCCUGUAUCACAGUGGAAGAUGCCCAGAUGAUGGCCAGGAUGGCACACAGAGGCAUAAAAAUUGUGGUGCACUUAACCAUGGGGGCUCAGACCCUGGAAGAUGUGGACUCCUUCAACACAGUGGCUGAGAUUACAGGCAGUGAGCACCCAGAGCAAGUUGUUUUGCUCAGUGGUCAUCUGGACAGUUGGGAUGUAGGACAGGGGGCUAUGGACGAUGGAGGUGGAGUGGCAAUUUCUUGGGAAGCCUUGUCUCUCAUCAAAGACCUGGGGCUGCGUCCUAAGAGGACUCUGAGGGCCGUGCUGUGGUCUGCUGAGGAAGCAGGGGGAGUUGGAGCUAUGCAAUACUACCAACAGCACAAAGCAAACAUUUCAAACUUUGACCUGGUGAUGGAGUCUGAUAUGGGUACAUUUGCCCCUGUUGGACUGCAGUUCACUGGCAGUGACAAAGCCAGAGCCAUUAUGACUGAAGUCAUGAAACUGCUGGCACCCAUCAAUGUCACAUCUCUGGAGAAACAUGGAGAAGGAACUGAUAUAAAUAUGUGGAUGCAGGCUGGAGUACCAGGUGCCAGCCUCCAUACGGCUGACAGCAAAUACUUUUGGUUCCACCACACUGAGGGAGAUACGAUGACCGUGCAGAAUCCAGCAGAGAUGAACCUGUGUUCGGCUGUGUGGGCCGUGGCGUCAUAUGUUGUGGCGGACCUCGAUGAAAUGCUUCCCAGAUAACAGAUUUUCAACUUUAUCAUUGAGCACUUCCACUUGCACACCAUAACAGAAAGAAUUUGAACAAAAAGAAUGGGCUUAUUUAUGCUUUUGGUAUUUGCAUUAAUUUUACAGAUUUUAUCUUUUGCCACUUUUCUGUGAAUGAUUUCUUGAAAACGUAAUGCAUGUUAAAACCACUAUGUAGCUCUAUGCCACUCACCCAUAAGCCCACACCACUCGACCUAAUCAGCAUGUUUGACCAAUGAAUUUUCAGUAUUAUGAGUUUGUUAUUCCUGUAAAUAUUUGAUAUAAAAAAAUGCCAUAAUUCUAGCCUGUCGAUAGCUAAUGUGUGGUAUAGUCAUGUCUCAUAUGCCAUCUGAGAGUGAGAGUGAGAGUGCCAAGUGAGCUUUUCAUUAGUUUAUUGAAUUUUACAUGAUAGUAUAUAUAGUGUAGUUUGCUGACCACAGGAGUAGACUAUUUCUGUGAACUGCGUUUCACUUUUUUACUGGGAAAAAUAUGACAACAAUUUUAAAAAACACAAUUCUAUGUUUAGGCUUGUAAUUAUGCUGGUCAUCAUUAGGGCUGGUUUACAGUGAAAUAUGUGAUUUCUUGGAUUAAGUUACCGCUACUGUUUUUUAUUAGGUUUGGUUACAGGAAACCACCUUUCAAAACAAGUAAAGAUAACUGGAAGGAGAACCAACUGCCAUUACUCAAGUGUAUAUAAUGUAUAAAGAACUACUUUUAGAUGUAUCCUUUAUAGCAUGUUUAUUGUUCCCCACUGUUAAUAUGAUAGAAUUCAUAAGAUGUGUGUGGGGUUUUUUUUUUGUUUGUUUUUUUUUCUUCAA